UCAGUUUUAUUUCAAGUCAAACAUGAGUUAGUUUAGAAGCUAAAAUACGCUAUUGAUAAAUGUAUUAAGUUUUUUUUUAUUCAAUGGUGUAUUCGGUUUGGUGGUAUAUGCAGCAUUUGUUGUGAACAGUUGAAAAGACUUUAUUGCAUUUGUUCUGUUUUACUUAAAUAAAUAAUGAAUAAAUUGCAUAUAUUUAAAGGUUGAGUAGACAAAAAAGUAAUUAUUCUUCGAUUUAUGUUAAUGCAAACGAGCAUGACUUGAUUAUGACAUGUUCAUGUUUCGAUUUUUAGCCCGUAAUUCGUGAAGAGCUUUUUAAUCUUGGCUGUAAUUCAAUACUGAAAUUGACAUAUCGCUUACUGAUGUCGAAUAGAUUGCAUUUUACAUAACACUCCUUGAUUUCAAUACUUUAUCAUUAAUUAAAAUACGAAACACAUUUUCCUAAAGUGUCAUUGUGCAGUUGCUUUAGCUUUAAAAAGAUGAUUAAUUCGCAGCAUAGUUUGGAAAAAUCAGAGGCUAAAAACGUCCUACAAGAAGAAGAGAAAUUGAACUUGAAUAAUGAUCAUGAGCAGGACAUGUUUGCGAUCAAGUUCCACUCGUUCAAAUUUGAGAGGUGGAAACACUUAAUUUAUUUCAUUUUCUCUCUUUUAACUCUGGGCUUGCUCCCACUGCUGUGCUACUGGUACCCGCGAUUGUGGCUGUAUUGCAAUACAGUUAAGUGCAGUGAAAUGCAUGCUACUCAUAUUUAUGCCAAGGAUCCCGGGGCUGAGCAGGGCAGUGAAACGAGAAAAAUGAUAUGCGAAGUGCAUAUGACCUCAGUAGACCCUCUUGUGGCAGUGCGGUACUUAAACAAGAACGGAGCUACUUACGGGAGUAUGAGUUUGGUAAGUGAGGCGGAGUUUUUCUCCUCGGACGAGCAGGUGAAUCUAGUGCAAGAGAGAAAAGAUGACAGCGAGAAUAAAAGACGACUGAAGUACUUUGAACACAAGCAUCUGCGGUACAUCUUCAACGCCGAGAAACUUACCUUCUGCAAAAUAAAAGCCCUAGAUGCCGAUCUAGAAGUCAACUGGUUUAUCACUAAGACGUCUUUUCUAACCAAUGACGAUGUCGAUUAUAAACUGAAGCUAUACGGAUCCAACUCAACCACAGUUCCUGUUAGCUCGUUAUGGAAAAUUGUUUUCCGCGAAAUCAUUAACCCAUUUUACGCAUUCCAAAUUUUUUCGGUUUUGAUAUGGGUUUUGGAAGAGUACUACUAUUACGCAGUGUGCAUUUUGGUUAUUUCGGUAGUUUCUCUUGCGUUAUCAACUUACGAGACGAGGAAACAGCAGAUGUCGUUGCAUAAAAUGAGUCGUGCCGGGUCGAAGGUGAAAGUCCACAGAUCCGAUCAUCAAUUGCCAAGUGUCUCUGGAACAACGAGAGAAGAAGAUGGUUUUCAAUGCUCCGAUGCGAAAAUGAUUCAUAGCAGUGGCCUCGUACCUGGGGACAUAGUAUCCAUAACAUCCAAUCAGGAUCAUAGUCUCCUUCCGUUUGACGCCGUCCUUUUAUCUGGGUCAUGUGUCGUCAAUGAAAGCAUGCUCACUGGUGAAAGUGUUCCCGUGACCAAGUGUCCGUUGACUGCCGACGAUGGGGAGUCCUCAGAGGACUCGGCUUGUGCUGCGACUCUGUUUAGUGUAGACUCCCACAAGCGGCACGUGUUGUUCUCGGGAACUGAGGUGUUGCAAUGCAGAUAUGGGGGGAAAGAUGGCGUCAAAGCAGUAGUCAUCAGAACUGGCUUCAUGACUAGCAAGGGGGAGCUGAUCCGGUCCAUUUUGUACCCCAGGGCCAUCAACUUCCAGUUCUACUCGGAUACCCUCAAGUUCGUUCUGGUCAUGAGCGUGUUGGCUGUCAUUGGAGUCGUCUAUACAAUAAUUGUCCUUUACACUUACGGGGAAUCAGCAUGGGAGAUGUUUUUACUGGCGGCCGAUGUUGUGACUAUCUGCGUGCCACCGCAACUACCCGCCGCUCUCACAGUGGCUGCUGUGUACUCUCAGGCGAGGCUGAAAGCUUCUAGAAUAUUCUGCACCACUCCUUCCAGAAUCAACUUAGCCGGAAGGGUCAACAUGGUCUGCUACGAUAAGACAGGAACAAUAACAGAAGACGGUAUGGAUGUCCUUGGAGUACUCGCAUACAAUGGUGACUCAUCUUUACACACAUCUGUAUCACCUUCAGUUGAGCUGCCACGCCUGAUGACGGCAGCUAGCGAGCUCCGAGAUCAGAAUUUUGAAGAUGUUUUGAAGGGUUUGGCUGUGACUCAUUCACUGUCUCUCAAAUCAAAUUCAAAAUCAGGUGACAAAGAAAUUGUGGGAGAUCCGAUGGAGGUCAAGAUGUUUGAGUUCACAGGAUGGGAGAUUCAUCAGAGCAAGGAGGGAUUGUCAAUGUCUGAUCCUGCAGAUCCCAAAACGAGUACUGGGCCCAAGUUUGAACAUGUGAAGGUUUUUCCAUUCGUAUCGGAGUUGCAGAGGAUGAGUGUUAUUGUGAAGAAUGUCUCUGAAGAUGAAGAUUUGUUGAGUCUAAAUUGCAAAGGUUCACCUGAGGUCAUUGGAAGUCUGUGCAAUGUCAGUACUGUUCCGCGCAAUCUGCCAGCAAUUCUCGAAAAAUUUGGCAAAAAAGGAUUCCGACUACUGGCCUUAGCAAGCAAACCACUACCUGCAAACUCCAAUUACACUUCAAUGCCUCGCUCUCAACUGGAAACUGAUCUCUGCUUUUUGGGUGUUUUGGUGAUGGAAAACAGACUGAAGCCAGACAGCGCAAGUGUGAUCAAAUACCUGGAUGCGGUUGGGAUCCGACAAGUGAUGAUUACGGGAGACAAUUUGAGUACUGCAGUAUCCGUGGCUCAAAAGUGUUCACUGAUAAACGAGGAAGCUAAAAUUGUCCAAGUGAAAAUUUCUGAUUUGAGUUGCAAGAAAGCUAUUCCGUCUGUCGAAUUCAAGCUGCUUAGCUCAACUUCAAACAAUGACGAUGUACUAUGGCAGAAGUCUGAUGAUACAAAGGUCUCGGUUCCAUUGGAAUACCAUUUUGCAAUGGACGGCCAAGCCUACCACGUUUUGUACACACACUAUCCUGAUCUGCUGAAUCAGAUUCUGCUAAGAGGUACUGUGUUCGCGAGGAUGAAGCCAACGCAAAAGAGUUCUCUCGUGCAAUUACUCGCUAAACUCGGAUUCACGACUUGUAUGUGCGGCGAUGGGUCUAACGACUGCGGCGCUCUACGGAAUGCAGACGUCGGCAUUUCGCUCUCGGAAGCCGAGGCGUCGAUUGCCGCCCCGUUUACUAGUAAUUACCAGAGUCUGCAAUGUGUGCCGGCUGUUAUCAAAGAGGGGCGCUGUUCUCUAGCGACUUCGUUUUCUCUCGUCAAAUUCAUGGUGCUCUACAGUAUGAUUCAGUUCACGUCUGUUGUAAUGCUUUACUCGGCCAAGUCCAACCUCACUGAUAUGCAGUAUCUCUACUGUGACCUGGUGCUGUGCACCUCCCUCGCCCUCGUGGUGUCCCGAAGUGGCCCCAGCAAUCACUUGGCCUCCCGCAGGCCUCCUCAGUCUCUAGUCACACUUCCCAAUUUAGUCACCAUGUUCUUGCAUGUUUUUCUCAUUGUAUCCGUGCAGUUUGCAUCUUUCUUCAUCAUCAGAAGUUUUGCGUGGUACUACCCUGCUCUUCACGCGUCGACGAAUAAGGAGUUAGGUCUACAGGAGGAGUGCUUCGAAAAUACUUCACUUUUUGUCGUGUCCAUCUUCCAGUACCUCAUCGUCGCCGGAAUCCUCAGUCGGGGACCCCCACACAGAGCACACAUUCUGUCCAACUUUGUGUUCGUUGGCAUAGUGGCUGCUCUCACAGUUGCCAAUUUCACCAUCUUCAGCCAACAAGUGGACUUCUUAAACACGGCUUUCGGGCUGCUUGAGACUGAAGCGGACUUUAAGUUUGUUGCGAUGGGUCUUCUCGCUCUCUACAUUUUUUCUUCAAUUGGAAUUGAGUCACUCGGAGAUUGGUCAUACCUGAGAAGAGUCUCCCGAAAGACUCCCUCUGCUCACGACCUGCUGACCCAGACAGUGUCUAAGCACCAUUACUGGCCUCCAAUCGGCGAAGUGGUAUCCAAGGACAAGAGAGGAAACAUCUCAAGAUCGAAGAUUGAGGACCACUGACCAAGAAUGAGUGAUUAAAAGAACCGCCAACAAUAUAGAAUCAAUAUAUCAUGCCAAUAAAACUACUUAGAGCAUUGCAAUCAAAAAUAAAAUUUUUCAUUUACAUCAUUAAAUAUUUUACCCUUGUGAUAAGCAAGGGUAUUUUAAUUGGG